UAUGUGUGUGUGUGUGUAUGUGUGUAUGUGUGUAUGUAUGUAUGUAUGUAUGUAUGUAUGUAUGUAUGUAUGUAUACAUACAUAUGUGUGUAAAUAAAUAAGAAUUAGCCUCUAAUCGAAUGAUGGUGUACCUCACACCUCUCAACAUACAUGUGUAAUAGAGUACCACAGUAUGAGUCAAAAUACCCAUAAAACCUAGCGGUCAAAUAGGGAAAUGGUUCCAAUCGUUUUUGCACCCUUAAUUUCUCCAAUAGGGGAUUUUAAAAAUACUUAAAAUAAGGGUCGAGUUUCGUGUAGGCUUACCAUUGCUUGACGUUUUGAUCUCUUUAGGACAAGGUGACUUUUAUCAAUAUAUUCGCCUGUAUUUACCCCCCAAAAAUGAAAUGCUAAAAUGAUUGGAACCAUUUCCCUGUUUGACUGUUAGGUUUCAUGGGUAUUAUGACACCUCCACUGUGGGGCUCUAUGGGCCCUUUUUAAGACUUAAAAUCUAAACGUGGUCAAAGAGACACAUUCUUACGUUUUGGAAAGAAGAGGAGGAUGUCUUGGGUUCUCGAUCUUCUGAGAGAUUUCCACUUAACCUCCCAAAGUAGUGUCCAUCACUCCAAGCUGUUCUGAUGAUGCACUCUGAGGAAGGCCAAACUCUAUUUUAACUUAAGGUUGUUGGAAUGGGAACUUCAGAAGGUCCUGAAGAAAGGCAAUCAGAACCGAUUUUUUUCAGGUAAGAGUCAAAUUUUCAUGUACUCACUAAAACACCUUGAUACAUUAAAUAGUUACAACUAUUAUAAUCUUAACUAAUAUGAGAUGGUGAGUAUAGUGAUUUUGAACUCUCAGACAAAAAUGGCAAUACUGGUUUUUUUUUCUUGUGUAUUUAAGGUCAGAUCAAAACCAUCUCCUACAGACUGUCCAAUGAGGUUUGGACUUUCCGAGAAGAGUCUCACUUCCCUAAGAUGGACAUCAUGAACUCCUCAGAUAUCUUCACCCUCCAGGGGGAGACGGACAGGCAGCACAGAGAGAGGAGAAUACAUUUGCUUCUGAGGUUCUAUCCAAAUGGCAAACCCUUCAUCACGUUAUAUCCAGACGGAACAGGUAAUGUGUUGUAUCUUUUUAUUUAAGAGACUCGGGCACCAGGCAAUUGUACAACAGCUUAGCAAUAAGUUCCUUAGUGAAAACAAAGCUAUCCAUCUGGGAAUGUUGCUAUCAUCAUCUCCUCUGUGGAGGCUGCUGACUUCACCUAUAUAAUCAUGGAGGACAAGGAUUUAGAGCCAAACUUUGAGGCCAUGUUUACAACCAGAGGCCAGUCUACGUGCUACCACCCCAAUGGACUUAUAUGGGUGAACCUGACUCAGCUGGGAGGCUCCUGCUGCAGUGAGACCGGGGCUCUGAGACGACGCUGGACCUGGCUGGACCUUGAGCCUCACAUCCAAGCCCCUCCCUUCCAGCCCAUCUGUCUGGUCCUAGGUAGCCACGUCAGCCUCCGCAUCCAGUCCCAGGAACGCAUCUACCUCACAUUCUCCUCUCACCAAAGCAGAGUACGUUUCAACGUGGGCUCCAAACUCAAGCUAACCCAUCCGGAAGGCCUAGUGAUGCCGGGGCCAGACAUCCUGCAACAACAUCUCCAAAUGAAAAGCCUGGAGAUUUACACUCUGCUGGACCGGAUGCAGACCUGCAUGGCCUACCAGCACUCGGCCAAUCCCCACAACAUUAAGCCCCAGUACAGCCUCGUUGCCCAGAUGCAGAGACUCAAGAGACAGAUGGAAAAACAGAGUUCACCCAAAAACACCAAAGCUCUCAUGGCCUCUAAGGACUUAUAACAACUGACAACUCAAAGCCUGUGUUGUUCUAGAAUUCAUAUUGUUGCUAUGAAACCAAGGCAUUUAGCAUUUUAUUCUAAUUAGAAAUAAAUGCAGUAGCCAUGUGUAGCUAUGCUAAAAUAUUAGAAAAGACUGGUCAUGUUUCUUGUCAGAUACAUUUUGAAUAGAUUUAAUGGUUGGCCCAUUGUGCAAAUUAAGAAAUUAGUCAGCAGUCUAAGGAAAAUGAUGAAUGAGGCACCUCACUCUUCAAUCACAAGUAGGCCUAGAAGAUUCAGUUGAGGUCCCAACAACCCUUGAACCCACCAACCCAGCCGUUUAAUGUUGCUGGUCGGCUGUACAGCUGCCACGCGACUUGAAGGAUGUGUAGUGAUGCAGGAAACCUACAAACGGGGUAAUAAUGUUUUGACUAACUAGUUUUAUACUGACUCGGUGCAGGUAUCAUAGCUAACUCCGAAUCUUCAAUAGAAAUAGGCCACGGUAGACAGAACCUUAAUUACUCAUCUGUGCAGCAGCCUGAAGGUCAACUGAUUGACCAUGACAUUUCUGAACAGUCUCUUCAGAGGAGCUGUGUCUGCGAUGUUAUGCCCACGGCAUUUACAUAAUUUAAGUAAAAAUAAAUCUUGUGAGUUAAUUUAAGA